CGCAUCUGCAGCCCUCUGUUCUUCUCUGCCCGUCAAUUCCUUACCUACCCACAUUCAAUAAUCCAAUUUCUGUUUCUGGGCACCGCCAAAGCUUUCUCCUUUGUCACCACCUUGGGGUGUCUGCCUAAUUGUUAGCUGUGCCCGGUAGGUGUUCGUGUAAUUGUCUGAACCAACACAGAGCUGUUACUUUGCCCUCCUUUUCCCCCUCGGUUUUGAAUGUUCCGGGGUAUGGCUGCGUCGAUCAACCCAUUAGCCAGUUGAAAUUCUUGUCGAUUGGAGUUGGCGGAGGACACCACAGAGGCAGGGAAUGAGGGAUUUUGCUGGCACGCCGGGGACUUUGACCGGGCUUUUCCUGCGGAUUUCUCAAUGUGUGUUUGCGGCUGGGUCAAUCACUGCUAUUUCCACCACUUCUAGCUUCUUCAACUUCACUGCUUUCUGCUACCUAAUUGCGUCAAUGGGUUUGCAAGUGAUCUGGAGCUUUGGACUUGCGUUGCUAGAUUCUUAUGCUUUGGUGAGAGGCAAAAUUCUGCACAACUCUCUAUUGGUCAGCCUUUUUGCUGUGGGAGAUUGGGUGACGGCAACCUUGUCUCUGGCGGCGGCUUCUGCUUCCGCCGGCAUCACCGUACUUCUUUUUCAUGACCUGGGACACUGCGGUUUCGUUGGAGAAUGCCAAAAGUACCAAAUGGCAGUGGCUUUGGCUUUCCUCAGCUGGGUCUCUAUCGCAACAUCCUCGAUCAUCAUGCUGUGGUUGAUGGUAGAAGGAGGGGAUUUUUGAGCUUUUCACAAGAUGGUAAGUAGGAAAACAUCAGGUGGACAGGAUAGAAGUACAUAGUCACACACAAAGGUUGACUUUGUAAUUUGGAUAAUAAUGAAGCACAUACUGUGUAUAUAGAACAACUGCAAAGGAAGAAGCAAUUUGUCAUUGGCUAGCAAAUUUGUGAAGGAAAACGUGGGUAUUUUAGGACAGCUUUACUGGUAUAUUCUGAAGACAUCAGAUUCUGGUUUC